AUGGAUAUUGAAAGCCACAGCAAUUUCAUGAACAACUUCCAAAACAACCAAAAUAACAAUAGCUCUGUAGAAAUGAAUGACAGACAAAAAGACCACGAAAUGUACUCUUACAGAAGCGUUAGACUAUGGUGCCACAACUGCAGAAAAGAAUUCAAGAGACUUAUUUCUAGCGCUCCUUAAGAAAUACUUUGCUCUGACUGUAACUUCGCUCUUGAAAUUAUUGAAAACGGUCAAGAACAUCCAUCAAAUUUUGAUGCAUUUGAAAGCAACCACAGCUAAAGAUAAUAGUAAUAAUAACAAAGAUAGCAAUAGUAAAGAUAACAAUAAUAACAAAGACAAUAAUAGCAAGUUCCCUUAUUCUUUAGCUCAUUCUAAUUCCCUGGUAACAAUAUCUUUUUCAAUGUCUUUAAUGUUAAUGGUCAAUAAGAAGAAAUGGAAUAAGGUAUUCCAUUAUUUGAAUAAAUCUUUAAUAUGAUGGGUUAACAAUAAUAAAAUUCUAGUAGACAUUAACCAGCUUCUUCAGAUAAAAUUAAUAAACUUGCUUAGGUCAUUGUAUAAUGCGAUGAUAAUGAAAACUAAUGUCCAAUUUGCUAUGAAAAUUACAAGAAAGGUGAAGUAAUGAAUCAACUCCCUUGCUAACAUAACUUCCACUAAGGAUGCGUUAAAGAAUGGUUAAAUAAACACAAUUCUUGCCCUAUGUGCAGAAAGUCAAUUUGA